AUGAUACUUGGGUUUCCAAGAGACCCUAAAAGACGAAAAACUUGGAUACAAAAUUUUCACCGUGACAAAUGGCAGCCUACAAAUUCAUCUGAAUUGUGUGAAAUCCAUUUCGAAGAAGGUCAAUUCGAACAACAUCGUCUGGAUGGUGUAAAAAAACUAAAACCAAAUGUUUUACCAACAUUAUUUGAUAUACCAAAUGCACCUGGCUUGUUGGAAACCAAAAGAAAAUCUUUGUAAAAGGUAUAUUUAAUAAUAAUGUAA